AGUUGUGCGGCAUUUAUUAGUCACAACCCACACAAUUAAGUAAAGAGAUACACCAGGUUGUAGCUUAGACCCUGCUACUAGUAGUAGUCAUGGUAGGUAAUAUCGCAUAUUUCUUAUUCAUCGUCCUCGUCAGUUUCACUAGUAUCACAUAUUUAUCCGAGGCUCAAGAUACGAGUCCUCGUAAAGUCACCGCCAUGUACGUGUUUGGUGAUUCCUUAGUCGACGUGGGAAACAAUAACCACCUCGAGCUCUCCCUUGCUAAAGCUAAUUUUCCUCAUAACGGCGUCGACUACCCAACCGGCAAAGCUACUGGACGCUUUUGCAACGGCAAAAAUGCUGCUGAUUUUAUUGCUGAAAAACUUGGACUGCCAACAGCCACACCAUAUCUCUCCAUAAGGAAAUCCAAAUCCGAUAAAACGAAUGCGUUGAUUAGUGGCGUUAGUUUUGCUUCCGGAGGAGCAGGAGUCUUCAAUGGCACAGAUGAACUUUUUAAACAAUCAAUUCCGUUGACAAAGCAAGUAGAGUACUACACGCUGGUGUAUCAAGCACUUGUACAAGUAAUGGGAUCUGCUGCAGCUCAGCAACACUUGUCGAACUCUGUUUUUCCGAUUGUCAUAGGAAGCAACGACUUGUUUGGCUACUUCAAAUCCGGCUCCGACGUUAGCAAAAAAAAUAGCCCACAACAGUAUGUCCAAUCCAUGCUGUCCGCCCUCAACGUUGUUUUAAAGAGAUUACGGGAUCUUGGUGCACGUAAAUUUAUCAUAGUGGGAAUCGGAGCAGUAGGAUGCACUCCGUCUCAGAGGGUUCAAAACAAAAGUGAAGUCUGCAACGAAGAAGUGAAUUUCUGGGCUACGAAAUACAAUGACGGCCUGACUUCUCUACUAAAGGCGUUCAAAUCAGAAUACAUGGAUAUCAAUUACUCUUAUUUUGAUGCAUACUCUGCUUUUGUCGACUUCAUUCAGAAUCCAUCUACUUACGGUUUUACAGAAGUGAAAGCAGCAUGUUGUGGGCUGGGGCAGCUAAAAGCAAAAGUUGCAUGCAUACCCAUUUCAACAUACUGCACGAAUAGAAACGACCAUUUAUUUUGGGAUCUUUACCAUCCCACACAAAAGGCUGCUGGCUUGUUUGUUGACAUGAUCUUUCACGGUUCCAAAUAUGUAACUCCAAUGAAUGUAAAUCAGCUUAUUGCUGUGUAAUAACACUUCAAUAAAUACAUGUUAAAUACUCCACAAACUGCCCUAAACUCGCAUCGUAGGAAUGGAUGUGAUUUGAUAUUGGUUUUGUACGCACCCGUUGGGGAUUAUGAAUUUGAUUUGUUGUUGGCUUA